AUGGGCCUCGGUGGACGCAAAGAGAAGCAAAAGCUGCGAGACGAUCCUCGGAAUCGCCAGUGGGCGGAUGAUCAAAAUAAAUUUGGAUUUAAAAUGUUAGCGAGUAGCGGCUGGAAUCCUCAAGUUGGUCUCGGCGCUGCAAAACAGGGAAACGUGAACGCUAUCAAGUCUUCUUACAAGUUUGAUACCAUGGGUAUUGGCGCUGAUAUGAAGAAGAAGGAUGAUUGGAGUGGGGGACUUGAGUUUGGUAACAUUCUCGCUAAACUUAAUAAGGGUGGUGCUGCUUCCUCCCCAGCGGCAACUUCCACGGCAACUCCCACUCCCACUCCAACUCCUCCACCAUCUUCCACUUCUAAAAACGUAUCGAGAUCCAAGUACCGCAACGCCAAAUCUCAGCUCAAUAAGGAUGCAAUGAGGGAAAUUCUAGGUGUAGACGCCAAUGGCUCCGUACCAUCUACGGCGGACCCUUCUCGCGAGAAUUCCCCCACUGAAAUUCCAACGAUGAAGAACAAAAGCAAUCUGUCAAUACAAGAGUAUUUCAGAGUUAAGCUUCUCCUCAAGUAUCAACAAGCUCAAAAUGCUCCAGCCGUUGCUCCAUUAAAUAAUAUACCUCCUCCCGUUGAAACUCCAAUUGAAACUCCAGAUAGCAGCAGAGGUAGCUCCCCCUCACUCAAACGCAAACGCUCAAAGUCCAUCAAGAAGGAAAAGAACGCUUGGAAGGAUUUGCUUUAA